AUGGCAAGAGGAGGUCGCUUCGAGUUGGCAAAGGGGACGGAGAGAGGAGAGGGCGAGGAGCAGUGCCAGUCCAGGAGCCAGGCAGGAGGGUCUUCCCCCCUGGCCCAGAGGGGACCCCUGGAGAUGCUGCGGGACCGGACCAUCUGCCCACCGUCUCCAGCUGCGCCCUGUGCCAAACUCUCCGUCCGGCCCGGGGACCCCCUCCUCCUCCUCCUCCUCCUCCUGCUCGCCUCCCCCUCGCCCACCUGCCAAGGGGCUCCAGUUUCGUAUCAGUCUUCACAAGGAGAACAAGAGAUGCAGCUGUGGAACGAGUUAGAGGAAACUUGCUCGACUUUCUUGACCGUGGGCUCUCAGUCUCAGGCAUCCAGUGCCCUGAAAGAACUUUGCUUUAUGGUUAUGGGAAUCCAACAGAAGCCUCAGGAAACAGGUGAAAAAGACGACAACAAGAGGUUCUUAUUUCAUUAUUCCAAGAUCCAUGAUUCAGGCAACUCGGAUGUCGUGGCGUCUAUCGUCCAUCCUCUGCUGCAGCUGAUUCCCCAGCUGUAUGAGAGGAGAAUGAAGAGAAGAAUGAGAAAGCAUGAAGUGGACGAACAAUUCCCAGGCCCAGGAGGAAUUCAAAGUCGAGGCUUCUUUCUCUUCAGGCCACGCAAUGGAAGGAGGUCAACAACAAGUUUCCCCUGAAAAGAUCAUCUAUUUGUUGAAGCAAUCAUACAAGAAUGCAGAGAACAUGACCAUGUUAUUUUCCUCUCAAAAAAUUCCUCGUGACUUUUAUAACUCUUGAAUGAAAUGUUAAAUGUUCUACAAUUAGGUUUGGUUAAGGCUGCAAAUGUUUCUUUCGUUUCUUAAACACAUUAAGUGCAUCUUAAAUAUUCAGCUGUUUCCUACUUGUCUAUGUUUGCAAUUGUGAGUAAUAAAAUUGUAAAUCAUUUCAUUAUAAGAUCCCUGCCUUCCAGAGACAGACUUUUGCUAGUCGUCCUCUUCAUAAUUUUGUUAUAAAUGAAGGCACUCAGUGCAGAGGGUAGUUGUUUUUGGUGGGGGGAGGGUUUUUUGUUUUUGUUUUUUGCUUAAUGAGUUACUUGUUUUGUUUGUUUGUUUUUCCUCAGUGGACAUUUGUAUUAGAGUUAUUUGGAUUUCUCUCACCUGGGAAAAUGUGGAGUGUUUCUGUCAGUAAAAAAUAAAACCAUUCUAAGGAGAGAA